GUCAAUUAUAGCGUGUUCUAACCUGAAAAAGUUUAAACUAGUAAUUUUCCAACUUAUUUAUUAAUUGUUGUUAUUUUCGCAAUGAAUAGUCAGGUGAAAACACUAACUUAUGAAAUAGCGGCUUCGCCAAGUGUUGUUGGUCUGACUUUGGAUGGAAUACCAUGUAUUAUUCCAGAAGUUAUACCCCCACAAACCUACAUUAUGAACCUAGAAAACCUUGAACAAUCUGAAGUGCCACUUCAACUCAUACAAAUCAACAAAGAAGAUGCCCAAAUGCUUGGUUUAUGUAACAGCAACAAAAACAACUUUCUAAAGAGCCCUUUAAAACAGCAGAAAAAUUUAAUGUCUUCUAAAUUUAAUUCAAAUACAAACAGUAGCGUUAGUUUAAAGUUACUAAAUAAUUCUGUAAUAUUUACUAGCGAAGCUUUAAAUAAUUGUUCAUUUCCUAAAAAGGAAAUUGUGGAGAAACCUUUGGGUUCUUGUGAAAACCCCAUCGAGAUUAUUCAGAAUGGUGGAAAGUUGCAGUCUACUCAAAAUUUAAGUGAAGAACAUCUGCAGCAAAUUGCAGAAGCCCUGCAACAGUUUAAUCCUACAAAAAAGCAAGAAGAGGAAGAAGAAGAAGAAGAUCCUUCACAAGAUUAUGUUUAUGAGUAUGAAAUAGUUUAUCCUGAUGAACUGGAUAUAAAACCAAUAAUUGCAACUCAUCCCAAGAGGGCAAAGAGAACUAAGAAGAGGCCUAUUGAAAACACAUUUUCUGAACUUGAGGAACCAAUAAUUUUAAAAAAAGUCAGAACACGAUCAGGAAGAAUUACAAGGCCUCCACGGUACAUAGAGAAGGAUUGUAAGGCAGUCGAAACAGAUCAUACUGGAGAUACUAAAAAUGUUGAAAAGGGUCAAGAAAUAGAAUCGUGCAAAGAAGACAACAACAACAAACAUGUACAAAGAAAGAAAAUAGAUUGUCAAACAAAAAAAAGACAGAUUCCAGCCCAGUAUCGUUGUCCUAAAUGCAAGAAAGCUUAUUUGGGACACAGUCGCAUGUUAAAACAUUUACAACAGAAUCCCAGUCAUGGGAAACUUCCAGACUCCUGUAAACUUCUACGAGACAAUCAAACAUGGAAUUUCUUGAUAAACCUCGCCCUUAAAUGUCCCAUUGGAAAAAGGGGCAUCAAAUUUUGCAAUGAAUUUAUAAAUCUGUUGAAAAAUGCCAAAGAAUUUGCCAAGGUUCUUUUUAAGCAACCAAUGGCAUGUGAUAAAGAUUUAUUUUACAUAGAUAAGGAGCUAGGGGCAGUCCUAGGAAUAGAAUGUGGCGAAUACUGUUUAAAUGAGGCUGAAAUCGUUAAAGAUGCCUCAAUAUUUUCUCUUUUAGACAGUUUUAUGGAAGACAAAGAGCCAGAAAACGUAUACAACAAUACAAAUUCUAAAGUUCCUACAAAAGAAGAAGUUAAUUUGGAUUUGGCGCAGAGUAAUUUUGAUGAGAACAGCAAUAGUCUAGACACAUUGUUUUCAAAAGGUAUUCAAAAUAACGUUUUGAGCACAUUGAACGAAAAUUUAAUUACCGUGAAAGAUCUAAAUGAAAUUACUUCUAAUUUGCUGACAGAUUUGUUGAAAACAGAAAAUCAAAGUAUAGAUCCUUGUAAUAUCUUAAAUGAUGUUUCCUUAAAGAAAGAUACAAUAAUGAAGCGAAAUGCCAACUCAAUUAUACGGAAACGUUUAAAAAAGAAAAUUACAAAAAAUAGUAUUUUGUCUGAACAAAAAUUAAAUGAAAGCACUGCCAGUAAAGAAGCCAUUUGUUCAGAUUCUAGUCAAGUAGUAGUGGAAAAUAAAAACUCCCUUCUACCUUCAUUAUAUUCAUCUAAUUCUACUGAAAACAACAAAUCCAAGUUUGUGGAAGAUGGUACGUUUAGUUUUUGCAAAUUUAAAGUGAAAGAUACGACUGAAAAUCUUUUGGACUCGCCAUUUAAAUCUUUUAAGGUUCAAAAUACAUCAGAUGAUUUGCUGUGCUCAUCAAUUAACCCUACCGAUUAUAAAGGCCGUAGAACACCUACUUUCGACAUUCAAAAUAGACGGAAACUCUCAAAAGAAAAUACAAAAAACGAGGAAGUUGAGAAUUGCAAACAAAGUACAGUCAGUUUUGUUGAGAGCAUUAAUUUGAGUGAUAAUCAUCAGUUUGUUACAAAAAAUACAGACACAGUUAAUAAAUCCAUCAACAGCAACCCUGAAAGAGAUGAAUUGGAAAUGUUGAGCCCUUGCAAGUCAAUUUCAAUAAAUUUUCUAGACAAUAAGCAAGAUCCUGGUGACUUUGUUCUUCUUGGUCCUAUUAUUAAACAAGAAAAUGAUUUUCACAGAAACAUGCCAUUGUCCAGCGAUUUGUUGGCUGAAAAUUCACUUUUAAACACUUCAGAAGAUCUAAUGACUUUAUCAAAUGUGCCUAGUUUUUUGGACAAUAAUACAAGUUCAGACGAAAUAAUGAAUGUUGAUCAAUUUGUGAACGAACGAUUUAAAAACAUUACGGAGCCGGAACUUGACUUGGGGAACCCCGCUAUCAAUUUGGACCUACAAACUAUGGAUUUAUUUCCUUUCGGUUCUAGUUGACGAAAAUAAAUAGAAAUUAACUGUUAGUCACUAGUUUUACUAUCAUAAUUUAGUUCACUUUGUUGGUUUUUUGUAAGGCAGCUAUGAAAGUUAUUCUGAAAAGAAUAAAAGUUGAUCAAAAU